AUGGGUCUUGGAGUACUGGAAGAUACGAGGCUCGUGCAUGUCCCAGGCACCUCCGAUAUCUACGAACAAAACAGCGAUGCGAGUGACCAGACCCCAGGCGCUUCAGGCCUCAAAUUUGACUGGUCGGGUAACCAGCCGGCUAUCCUCGUCCCGCAACCGAGCGAUGACCCAAACGACCCAUUGAACUGGCCAUUAUGGCGACGCGAUAUGAUCCUUGCCAUCCUCUCUUUCGUAACCAUUCUCUGCACAACCCUAAGCUCCAUUCUAGCCGCAAAUACGGUGACCAUCGCAGAUUACGAAGAAAUUACGUUUACAGCAGCUGCCCUGUUGACGGGAUAUCACCUGUGCGGUGUCGGCGUGGCGGGCAUUCUCAUUGUGCCAACCGCUCGAGUCUGGGGUAAACGACAUCUGUUCCUGAUCGGGCAUGUUUUGAUGAUUAUCAGCUGUAUCUGGGCUGGGGUUAGCGGCAAGAAUAAUAAUAGUCUUAUAUGGGCACGGAUAUUCCAGGGCGUUGCACUAGCGCCGUUUGAGGCAUUGGUCAAUGCCUGUGUUGGAGAUCUCUAUUUCGUUCAUGAACGAGGAAAGCGAAUGGCUGUAUCCAAUGUUGCACUCUUUGGUGCGGCCUUUCUGACACCCGUUGUGGUGGGCAAGAUCACCAAGUCCAUGGGAUGGCAAUGGUCCUUUUACUUUGUGGCAAUUUUCCUCGGUGCUUCAUUGCCACUGAUGUUCUUUUUCGUGCCUGAAACUGCCUUUCGGCGCUCUGAUUACUUGAACACUGACUUCAAGCGAAGCGGCGGGCAUGGCGAGUCCAUGGAGUCCCAUGUUUCGCUCAGUGGAGCUUCCACUGAUGAUGCUAAGGAAUUUAGACCAGGCCCUAACGGUCUGCGCGGAAGCUCCAAGGCCGGAGCCGCGGUAACAGUCCCCGAGAAACAUUCCUUCGCUCAGUCGCUCAGUCUUUUCAAUGGGCGAAAGACAGAUGAGAGCUUCUUCAAGCUGCUCCUCCGUCCAUUUCCGUUGUUCUUCCAUCCGGGAAUCUUCUGGGCUUGUCUGAUCCAAGGCGUUAUCAUUGGAUGGGCGGUCUUCGUCGGUGUGGUUCUAGCAAUUGUGUUUCUCGGUCCUCCAAUGUGGUUCGAGGAAGACAAGACCGGAUAUCUUUACACAGGUGCCUUCAUCGGUUCCAUUUUGGGCCUUAUUCUGUCUGGUCUACUUUCUGAUUCCAUUAACAAGUUGAUGAUUCGGCUCAACCACGGUAAAUAUGAGCCUGAAUUUCGGAUCCUCUUGGUGAUCCCUCAGCUCAUUUGCUGCGGCAUCGGACUCUACGGGUUCGGAUGGACUGCAGAUGAUGUAAUGCACUAUGGCUGGCUGCUGCCAGACGUCUUCUUUGCAUUCUUGAUCGUCGGCAUGGUGAUGGGAGCCGUUGCUGCUUCACUCUACAUCGUCGAUGCCCAUCGCGAGAUGGCCAUUGAGGCGUUUACAUGCAUGCUGGUUUUCAAAAAUAUGUUCAGCUUUGUUCUGACAUUUUUCGCCUACAAAUGGUUCGCCCACGGAGGCAUCAAACACACCAUGAUUAUCAUCGGUAGCAUCCAAGUGGGCAUCUGCAUGUUGAGCAUUCCCAUGUAUGUCUUUGGGAAAUGGAACCGGUCUUUCUUUGCACGUCAUGACAUUCUUGAGAUGCUUCAUCUCCGUUAA